CUCUUUUGGCUUCCAAGCAAUGCAAUGACCACCAUGACCAACCCUGGCUACCUUGAAAUGCUGCAACCAUGGCUGUCCCAUGCCACUAUAUAAGCACUUGUCUCCCUGCAUCGUCGUGAGGAGAGGGAAGGAAAGAGACACAGCUAGAGUGAGAAGAUCCUCAAGAGAGAGCUGGCACCAAGGCUCAAGCUAGAGAGAGAAGAUACAUAGAUACAUAGCAUGGGCAACAGCCUUAGGUGCUGCCUGGCUUGCGUCCUUCCCUGCGGCGCGCUGGACCUGAUCCGGAUCGUCCACCUGAACGGCCGCGUCGAGGAGUACGGCCGGCCGGUGGCCGCCGGCGAGAUCCUCACCGCCAACCCGAACCACGUGCUGAGCAAGCCGUGCUCGCAGGGCGUCGUGCGGAGGAUACUCAUCGUGUCCCCGGACUCCGAGCUGGAGCGCGGCGAGAUAUACUUCCUCAUCCCGGCGGCGUCGGUGCCGCCGGAGAAGAAGAAGAAGAGCACCAAGAGCUGCCCCCCGGCCCCGCACGGGGACGAGGUCAAGACGACGACGGUGGCGAGCUGCCCCGGCAAGAGACAUACCAAGAGCAAUGGGCGCCGUGACUUGGGUGACGGGCUGUCGUCCAAGAGGUCGUCGUCGCACCGGCGGCGGAUGAGCGCCGGUGGCCGGACCGUCGUGUGGAAGCCACACCUCGAGUGCAUUGUUGAGGACACUUGAACAGUGGAUCCAUUUCUUCUUCUUUUUUUCUUUCCUUUUUGGUUUUGUGAAAUCAAGGAGGGUUGGUGUGCCACCAGCAUGGUGUUUUGCUCUCUUGCGUGGUUCAUUUUUAUUUUUCUCCUUUUUUAUAGGGUAAGUGUACAUCCAUGUAAUGUUUUCCCCUUCCUGCAUAUAUAUGAUGGAAAUGGAGAGGGAGGGUUGGCAAUUCUUUCUUGUUCUUGUUCUGUAUUUUCUUUAUUUUUCCUGCUUUUCAGGGUGUUUUCCAUGGCGCUUGUGCAGUGGUUGAGGAAGAGAGCAAAUGAUGAUGGGCACAUAGCUUCUUUC